UUUGGGAGGCGGGUCCAGGCUCCUCUCCCUACUCGGGCGGUGCGGGGAAGGCCCGGGAGCCGCGAGUGGAGCGCACGGAGCUGGCGGGCAGGGCGGCAGGGCGGCCGGGAUGCGGCGGGUCCCCAGCUGAGCCCCCAUGGCCUGCGAGAGCGAAGCGAGGCUGCAGUUGGGCCGGGAUGCCCUGCGGCCGGCGCCCGCGCUGCUGGUCCCCGCCGUGCUUCUGGGCACCGCGCUCGGCCUCGGCCUGGGCUUCGGCCUGUGGCUCAGCUUCCGCGCCAGCCGCAUGAACGCGCGCCACCAGAAAGACAACACUCAACGCCUGCUCAGAAGUUCAGAGCCCUCUGCACAGAGCCUGCGGGACACCAGCCCCCAAUCCAGGAGGCACCAGAGAGAAGCAAUGGCAUCCAGGGAUGAGGGUGCUCCAGAGGAGGGUGAGAUGUCUUUGAGCAGCAACAUCAUGUCAUUUGCACUGAAAGCCAGGGUGCUCUACCCAAUCAACCAGAAGUUUCGGCCUCUGGCGGAUGGCUCCUCCAACCCAUCGCUACAUGAGAGCCUGUCUCAGGUUACAGCUACCCUGCCACGUCCGCCCCACCAGCCGGCCGAGGCCUCACCAGCCAGCAGCUUAAGCAGCCUGAGCCAGGCUGACAAAGACGAUGGCACCUCGUCCUCCAGCAUGCGUUCAGCUUCUAGUGAUGAUAGGCUCCUCCGCCGAGCCUUCCUCCGGGUCAGCAGCUUCCCUGAGAUUCUGGCCAGUGAGAGUGCAGACAUUGACCUGUGUGUCUGCAGCCUUCAUCUGAAAGACCUGCUGCAAGUGGACGCAAUGCUGAGACAGGAGAAGCACCUGAUGUUCAUUCAGAUUCUUAAAUUGUGUCUCCUGGACUUUUUUCCUAAAAAGAAGCCUAAUGAUGAAUUAUACCAGAAGAUUCUUUCAAAACAAGAGCAUGACUUGGAAGAAUUAGAAAGAGGGCUUCAGGCCAGAUUGGCAAACACGGAGAUGCUAGGUGCUGGGGACCCUGGCUAUGUCACCCUGGCAGAUGUGGAAAGGAAGGAGAAGGAGUACUCGGAGCAGCUCAUAGACAAUAUGGAAGCUUUCUGGAAGCAGAUGGAAAGCAUCCAGCCCAUCCUCAUGGACCACUUUAAAUGUUCCAGCUCCAAAGCGCGGCAGCUCACCAUGACCCUCAGGAAACGAAUGACUGCUGCUGAAGGGCUGUUGCGUGACUCUCAGAACCUGCAGGCUCUGGAUGCCCUGGAAAGAGCAGUGGGCCGGGCCCACAUGGCAAGGAUAGUGGAGUUCCUGAGGACGCAGAUCCAGGAGGAGACCAGGUGCCGGCUGGCCGCCAUCUCCCACGGCCUGGAGCUGCUUACCACUCAGGGGCAGCUGUCUGGGAGGCAGAAGGAGGAACUGCUGACCCAUCAGCACAAGGCCUUCUGGAAAGAGGCAGAGUGCUUUAGCAGGGAGUUCAUCCAGCGUGGCAAAGACCUGGUCCAGGCGUCCCUGGCUCACCAGGCUAAGGUGACGGCCGAGCUCAUGCUGACCCAAGAGGAAGAACGAAGAACUUUCCUGGCUGAUCCCCAGCUGACCUCUGACCAGAAGGUGUUCCUCAAGGCUUUCCACGAGGUCCUGGAGAGGCAGCAGCUGGCAUGGAGUGACCAGGAGGAGGAGGAGGAUAUCCGAAUCACUGAGGAGAUGUCUGCUCUCUGCCAGGAGCUAUACUGUGGCACCACGGCAACCUUCCGGAAGUUUGUGGACACCCUGUUCCUGAAGACUCUCCCAGAGGUGAGCGGCCUCCCAUGGACAGAAUGUGAAGCUCUGCGGCAACAGGUCCAGGAGCAGGCAGCACAGCAGUUGGGUCAGGUGGACCGCUUCCGCCGACAGCAGUGGGGACUCUUGUGCGACCUCCUGGAGCAGGACAGACAGGUGUGGCUGCAGGAGUGUGUGCUGUCCAGGGUGCUACAGAAGCAGCUGCGGGGAGACCAUGAGAACACCAUCUACAGGGUCCUGGGCAGACUCACUGGCCUCUCUGAAGAGUCCACACGAGGCAUCCUACAAGGUCAUGAACUGCUACUGCGCUCAGCCCUGCGCAGGCUGGCCCUCCGCAGCACCACCAUCACCACCCUGGCUCAGAUGAGGCUGUCUGGGAAGAAGAGGCUACUGCAGGAGCUGCGUGAGCAGCUAGCAUUAGAGCAGGGUGCAUCCCCGUGCCUGGAGGAGCAUCAGUGGCAGCUUCUCAGAGCCCUGGAGACACGUGCCCUAGAGGAGGCAGCCAGACUGGAGGACGAGGCUCAGCAGAUGCGGCUGCAGCUCCAGCAGCAGCUUUUGGCUGAGGCACAGGAGGUGGCACAGCUGUUACAGCGGCACAUGGAGCGGUCCAUCGGGCAGGUGCUGCUGAUACACGCUCGGAGCAUGGCCAACAGGAGCCGGGCCAAAGACAGAGAGGAGUUCAAGAAGACGCUGGUGGAGACAGUGGUGGAGAGCGUGUAUGUGACCAGUGCCAGUGUCGGCCACCUCGUGCAGGCACAUUACCAGCGCGUCAGGAGGCUCCUGCAGCGUCACGAGGAGCAGGUGCUGCAGUGCCUGAAGAGCCUGCAAGGUGAGAGACUCGACGCUCACGAGCUGAGGAAGAAACAGGAACUCAGUGACCUACCAGCGGGGAGUCAGACGGCAGAUGGAGCCUGUGGAGCCCCCCAGGCGGUGCACCAGAGGUAACGCCUGGGGUCUUUGA